CUUGUUCCCGCCCGGGGCCACACGGCUCGGCUCUUCCUGACGUGGCGAGCCGCGAAAGGCCCGCUGGCCUCACCGUGGGCUCCGGUGAUUGGGCGGACUACCUGUUAGGCACAAACAUGUAAAUCCGCAGGUGUCGGCGGUGGCAUGUGGCUCAGUGUUUGGUUUAUGUAAAUAAAGCAGAAGUGAAACCGUGUGCGCUGCGCUGCUCCGGUCUCAGGCGCACAGCAGACGCGCUCAUGCGUCACACAUAUCUGGAGAACAGACUUUGGAUUUAACACGAGACAUGGCUGACACAUCGACUUUGGACUGAGUUAAAACUUUUUUUGUUUUUGGGGUGUCGCACCUGCUGCAUCCACCUGACGCGUGUUUCCGUCCCCGGGCGACGGCUGCGCAGUGAUGCCUCAGCUGUCAGCCGCCGCGGUGCUGCAGCUGGUGCUGCUGCUCUCCGCCGUGCCCGCGCAGUACUUCAUCUCCCGCUGGAGCGGCACCACGGCGGCGCAGCGCUUCCACGCCACCACACGUUUGCUAAAAAUGUGGAAAGACUGGAGGACAUUCUUCGAUGUGUGGAUGGACUGGGCCAGCCAGCAGAUGUCCAAAGUCCAGUCUCUCCUUGGUUUGGCGCAGGAUGAAGAUAUGUUACAACAGUCUCUUGCAUUAGAGGCCAUGGUUUAUGACAACGACCAGGGGUUCUUUGGAGCCUCAAAGACAGCGCGCAGCCCUCGUCCUCCGUACGUGUUUCUGCGGGUGGGAGAAGUGGUGAUGGAGAGGAACGGGAACUUGGUCGGGGUUGUGGUGAGCUGGGACCCUGAGAUGCGAGCCCCCCAAGAGUGGGUGGACAGAGUGUAUGCCAGCUCCGAGGGCAUCACAGCGGCGAACACGCCUCAUUAUAAAGUGCUGUUCAGCGGGCCUGGACCCUCCUCUGUGUUAGUCGGAUAUUUGCCUCAGACACGGCUGGAGCGCAUCACCGGGAUGAGGCCGGACAUUCCCACCUUGGAGAAAUACUUCACACAUUUUGACGGGGAGCGCUUCGUCAUGCAGCCCUGGCUCCGAGAGCUGUUCCCCGAGGACGACAACGAGGACGUCUGACCGCUCGGCUGUGACGCGUUACAUCAACCUGCUAGAUUUUAAAAAAAACAACAGAAAAAAAAAGAUUUGAGCAGAUCAAAUGAUAAUCUUCAAAUACCUCCUUGCUGGAACUCGAUGUGAGGGUGUCUUCCACAACUAAGAGCUCACAUUUGAACAACUUUUAUUUCAUUGUCACAUAAAAAAAAUAAACAGUAUUUUAAUUUGAUUUACCCAAAAAAAAAAACAGAUUAAAAGAAAAACAUUUGAUUUUGCUGCAAUGACAUUUACUGCAGUUAAGUUAAAUGACAGCAAUAAAUGCUUGAAAUGACAAAGUGUUUUAUUUUUAAAUCUAUGUAGUUAUUUUUCCAUGUAUGUAGUUUUUGUGUUGGCUGAGGUAGGGGAAAAAAAACAAAAAAAAAACCUUGACAAACCGCACUUUAAUUCAGCCAAGAAAUAAAAACACUU